CGCACCCAACAUGAACUUCUACGUUCUAACUGAAACCCCGUUUGCAUGAGGACUGCAUAAGCAUUCGUCACCAUGGCCAGGUCAGCAGAAGUCUUCGUUUUAGCCCUCCUGCUCAGCCUCUCUUUGUCGUUUGCUGAUGGAGCGAGUGACACAUGCGGCGGCGUUGUUUACUCGCACAUGACGGCUGAGUGUAGUACGCCGUUCUCGAACGUAGCGGGGCGGUGCGUGCUGCCCGUGACGGCCGUGGCGGGAUCGUGGGCGCAGAUGAGACGCCUUUGCCGUGAGAUCUCCGGCGACAUGGUGCGGCUGAGGGACAACAACUUCGUCAAGGAGCUCUUCAUCUUCCUCCGAGACGCAGAACUCGACGUGAACCGCUUCUGGGUGCAGGACUCCCCAUUCCACGGCGAGUACUUCCUCCGCGACGGCGCCCUGGCCAGGAUGACCUUCCCGGGUGAGGAUCCUGCAGAAGUCCUGGCCGAAGGCACUAAGGGCGAGGGAUGCCUGCUAAUGCACAUUGUCUACCACAUAUUCUUCAGGAGAGAACCUUGCGAUCAGGCCCUGCACGUCAUAUGCGAGAAGGAAGAACAUGCCAGCGAAUAAUCCUUGACGUCAAAUUACAGGAACCGUUAUGAGAGAUUCCUUAUUUACUUCUUACAUUUUCCAUCUCUUUAUCUCUCCACCUCCUUAUAUCGCUCUGUUUCUAAUGUCUCCCAUUUUAUACUCUCGCAUUAUAUUCUACAAUAUUCCUCCCUCUCUUUUCCUAUCUUUCUUCUUUUCUUUAUUUUAUGGAGCAAUGAUAAUACACCAGCCUUCUCUAAAUGGUAAUAUCAUACUACAUUUCUAUUUGUCUGAACAUGAUAAGAGUAUACUGGUGACACUAUAUAAAUAAAUAUUCAAUAAAAUAAAUUGCUCAAA